AUGGAGGGGAAGCCAAUUACCUCGAAAUCACCAAGACAAAUUUCGGGGGUGCCUCGAUCAGAUUUCGCGGACGGCGCGUCGACAUCGGGCUCGUCCGGCUACAAGUUCGACGUGUCGUCUCAAAAGCGAAAGCAAUCAGAUUUCGUGGACGGUGCGUCGACGUCCGGUUACAAGUACGACGUGUUCUUAAGCUUCCGAGAUCCCGACACCCGCUACACGGGGGCGGACGUCCUAUACGAAAGUUUAGUCAAGGCCGGAUUUAGCGUCUUCAGAGACAAAGAAGAGCUUCCCGUAGGCGAAAAAAUUGGACCGGAGCUUGAGCACGCGAUCCACGACUCGAGGAUCUACGUGCCGAUCUUCUUGGAAGGCUACGCAUCCAGCCCAUGGCGCCUUCAAGAGCUCGCGCACAUGGUGAAGCGUCGGAAGGAAUCAGCGGGACACGAAAUCGUGCCCGUAUUCUUCGGUGCGAGCCUUUCGGACGUCAGGCUCAAGAGGUGUCCGUACGUCGACGACCUGCUCGGGCACGAGAGGCGUUACGGCGAGGAGAGGGUGCGAGAGUGGAAGGAAGCUCUAAGGGAGGUCGCAGAUUUCAAAGGAUGGGACGCACGAAACUUAGGGCUUGGUAAACUUGUUAAAGAUCUUGUUCGAGAGCUUUCUAUUAAGCUGAAGAAGAGACAAAAGGUUCUUCCUGAGCAUUUAGUUGGAAUUGAUGGUCGAGUCAGACACGUGAUGCAGUUGUUGGACUGCGGCUCCCCGGACGUACGAUUUCUUGUUGUGCACGGGAUGGGAGGCAUCGGCAAAACAACUCUUGCCAUGGCGGUUUACAACGAGAUAUCUUCUCUGUUUGAUGGUUGCAGCUUCCUUUCAGACAUCCGAGAAACUUCACUAAACGGUGGCAUCGUAAGUUUGCAGAAACAGCUAUUAUCCGAUAUCCUGAAGUGGUCCACAGAUGUCAAUGAUGGCAACGAUGGUACCAACUUGACACGAGAAAAAUUUCGCAACAGGAGGGUCCUCAUCGUUCUUGACGAUAUGGAUGAGCUAGAGCAGCUCAAGAAACUGAAGGGCAACAAUGACUGGCUUGGCCCAGGAAGCACGGUUAUUAUUACAACCAGGAAUGCGGGUCUUCUGGCAUUUCUUCCUAAAGAGAAGCUUGCUUAUGAGAUGAUGGAGAUGGAUCCUUGGCAUGCUCUUCAACUUUUCAGUGAGCAUGCCUUCAGAGAAACCCUACCCCAAGAUGAUCUCGAAACUCUUUCCAAUGAAAUAGUGGCCACUACCGGAAGAAUUCCUUUGGCUCUUGAAGCGUCAGGUUCUUUCCUCCGAGGCAAAAGCCCCGAGGUAUGGGCAGAGACAUUGGAGCGUUUAAGGAAAGUACCUGAUAGGAGAGUCCAAGAGACGUUAAGGAUAAGUUACGAGGCAUUAAGCCGGGAGGAGAAGCAAAUUUACUUGGACAUUGCAUGCUUUUUCAACGGCGAAGAGAGCACAUCUGCAAAAUAUGCGUGGGAAAGUCGUGGUUAUUCCCCUGAAAGCAGACUUGCUACUCUCAGGGAAAUGUCUCUGUUGAAGAUAGACCGUCAGAAUAUUCUUCGGAUGCAUGACCUGAUCGGAGAUUUUGGAAGGGAAAUUGUUCGAGAGGAAAAUCAUCUGAAUCCAGGAAGUCGAAGCAGGCUGUGGAAACUUGACGAAUGCCUUCACGUACUUCGUGAACAGGCUGAUGACCAGAGAGAGAACAAUGUGGAAUCACUUAGGCUACAAUUAUCAGAGAAAUCAUCUAAUUUGAGAUCUCUGGAGCUUGAAGGAUGCAGCAGCUUAACUAGAUUCCCCGACCUCUCUGCCUCAUCUACAUUGCGAAGAUUGACUAUACAAGGUUGCCAAAGCUUGGUUGAAAUUGACAGAUCAAUUGGUAAUCUGGAGUCUUUGACAAGGCUAGAUGUGGAAAGUGUUGGAAUUAGGGAACUUCCAAACUCGAUUGGAGAGCUAAAGAAUCUUGAAAGCUUGUUUUUGUCCAGAUGUUAUGAGCUAAGAAAGCUUCCAGACUCAAUUGGAAGAUUGGAAUCGCUCCUUGAGUUGGAUUUGUCUCACACAAAAAUAGCAGAAUUACCUGAUUCAAUUGGAAACAUGAGGAAGUUGAAAGCGAUGAGGAUAGGUCAGAGUGAGAUAAGGAGGAUCCUGGGGUCUAUAGGCAUGGUGGAGAGGCUUGAAGAAUUUCAUGCAGAAAACUGUGCGAAUUUAGAGGGAGAUAGAUAUUCCCAAUGA